AUGGGGGGCCCUGUUGACAAUGAGGAGCUAUCGGCGGUACUCGCAUCAAAGCAAGACUCGCAUGGGAAAGAGGAACAGGACACGCAACAGAAGCAAGAAAUAAGAAACUCAGUCAGGGGCAGGACAUACCAUCUUAGCAUCUUAGCAACAGAUGCAGUUAAAGGAGUUAUCAGUGAAGUAGCACCCCUCGCUUACCUAUGUUGUGUUGCAGUUAAAGCUGUUAAGUCAGUUCAUGCAGUCCGGUAUGCAACUAAGAUGGUACCAUACUAUCUAUGGGUUACUACUUCUGUCCCCAUAAAGGAAGUAGUAUUAAAGAUCGAGAAGAAGCUCGAUAUAAUUGACCAGAUGUAG